AUUAAUAUACACGGUCAUUUUAUCGGAUUUGAACUCGCCGGUGAAUCUGGGAAGACAUCGGAAUAUACCGCGCUUCUUCAAAUCGCAGCCAAAAUUCAAGAGCUUCUCAUCAUCGCCAGUCUUACGGCCAUUAUUAUGCACAAAGUUCGGUAUGAUCUCAUUGACGGGAACGGUGUUCCCUUUGGAUUGGUCGGAGUGGGAGCACUAUUCACCCAAUUGAGUUAUUUCUGGUCUGCGGCUUUCAUCGGGUCGUUUUCCAGUCAAGGGGCAAUGAGACGAAAUGCAGCAACACUUUGCUUAGUCGUGCUCGCAGGCUUCAUCGCUGUGACAGCCGGUCCUGCUGUUGCUGUACUACUUAUACCACGCGAACAUACUUGGCCUGCUGGGGGAACCAAGUACUGGAUCAAUGGCAGUUCGGAAGACCUUUGGCCCUCGACACUCGAUAUCAAGCACUACAUGCCUGAUCUUGGCGCUGGUAUAUUCGGGGCUAGCUGCUCUUCAUCAAAUGCAUACACCAAUGCGCUUUGCCCAGCCGGCGGGUAUAUGACGCUGGCAAACAGAUUCUCCUCGAGCGACAACCCUAGACCGUGGUCAGCCCCUAAGGAUUCUCGAUACGUACCUGCGGAUUUCCUGAUUUGGAGUCCAGAAGGACAAGUGCCGCCUUACAGCCUAGCAUCAGCGCAGAGAGCUAGAGUAGCGCUAGAAUCAUCAGCAACCGGCGUUCAUGGCCCUGCGGCGUGGGUUGCGGCUACGAUCAACGACGAAUGGCAAAUUGCUGCUGAUGCCAUACCUGUCGACUCCAACUCCCCGUUUGCAAGAUAUAGAUAUUACAACCAGAUGAAGUCUAUUAUCGAAACAUGGGUCCCGGCAGUGCGAGUGGUGUGUAGCCCUUUGCAAGCCUUCAAGUCUGAGCAGACAUCUCUCCAAUUCCCUGUCGUCCCAGAGUUCGGUAGUGCAAUCACGAAUCACAUAAUCUUUGAUGAUCAGAGCCCUGGUUAUCCUACCGAAAUGCGCACGGUAGACUUGCCAGACGAGACAUUGGAGUCUCUACGGAAAUCAUCACAUCCAUCAAUCGUUGCUUUGGAUAUGGCCGAUACUACAUGGACGACAGCCACCCUAGGUAUCAUAGUUGAUGCUCCUACAUCGAGUAAGAGUCAACGCAACCUUUCCGCCUGUGUUGUUGAUGCGAGAUGGGCUAAAGGAUCGUUGUCGGUGAGCCUUGCUCAGGCGGUGCAACCAGAGGUCUAUUCGGUCACAAAAGCCCCCAAGUCUGGUGACAUUUCUGAAACAUCUUACCGGGCAUAUGACAUGUUUCGGCUGGAUGUUGGAAGUCAAGAAUCUUGGCGCCGACUUCGUAUCACUGCCGACUGGUUCGACGCCGUCAAUCUGAAGCUCAACGCAAGUAUAGAUAUGCCGUGGGACACGACAAUAAUAAACAACAAUACUCUAAAUUCCAACGACUCGGAAACAAGAACGACAAUAUCGUCUCUCAUGUCUAUGGCGACAUCCGACUCAUUUCUAGUGCCAAAUGUCGAACAUAUACUCGCCUCCGUCUUUGCCGAUGCCAUAUCCCGCGCUGGCAGCUGGCGAGUCCUGAACAUUACCGUCCCUAUCCAAAGAAAAAAGUACAAUCCGGUCUCGUACCAUAUGCGCAAAUCCUCAUAUCAAUCCGAGCUCCUGAAGGAUGGCCAAGCAUACGAGAAUCCCUCUACCAUAUCAACGUUUACAUUCACCGAAUUCCACAUCAGACAGGAAAUCACAGGCUACGCCUUCAAAGUAUCUUCCACGACCGACAUACUUGCUCUGAUAGUAGUCUUCUUACAUCUCGUCAUGGCGGUCAUUCACACGCUCCGCUUGGUCAUCCGGCGGCGUAGUUCCAGCUGCUGGGAUUCCAUACCCGAGUUGCUGACGCUUACUCAACAAUCAAGUCCGUCUGCAGUCGCUUUGAAGAAUACAACAACGGGGAUACAUCGGAUGAAUUAUGAUUCUCAACAUGUGGAGCUGGUCUUUGACGAAGAUCAUGGCAGCCAGGAUGUACUUGAAAAACCGUCUUCAAACUGUAAAUACGGG